CCCUUCUGCUCUGACAAUGUUCCCCAACUCUGAGGAUUGGUUUUGGUUCUCUUGAUCUAGUCCAGACCAACCAUACCCUGUUUUUCCAUUUAACGAAGUCCAUAGCUCUAUUACAGUAGUUAAAUAGUUUACGGGGGGGGGCUGCCUGCAAAAUGUGUAAGAAUGCAUAUUUGCAUAUAUGGAAAAGCCACAUAUUGAAAGACAGUAUGAAUAUUAUAUAAAUAAAACACAGUUAAAACCCCUUACAUUAUAUCGACAGUUAAAUCAUAGUCAGAUAUAGAGAUAAUAAUGUAACUAAACAUUUUCUCUUCCUUUCCUCUGCAGUUCUUCAGUAGCCAUUUUCACAUCAAAUGACAAUGGCUCUGACAUCCCUUCAACAGCUUAUCCUGUCUGUUUAUAUCGUGACUUUUGUGAUGGGGUUACCCGCCAACAUCCUGGCCUUUUACACCUUCUUCAUGAAAGUCCGCAGAAAACCGGCUCCCAUCGACAUCCUCCUUCUCAACCUGACCAUUUCGGAUCUCAUCUUUCUUUUCUUCCUGCCUUUCCGGAUGGUCGAGGUCUGCCAAGACAUGCUUUGGGUGCUUCCUUACUUCCUGUGCCCUUUGAGCAGCUUUAUAUUCUACUCCACCAUCUACAUGAGCACAUUCCUUCUAAUGGGGAUCAGUGUGGAGCGAUACCUUGGAGUGGCCUUCCCUGUCAAGUACAAGAUGAACCGCAAGCCCAUAUACGCUGCCUGCGUGGGUAUUUUCUUCUGGGUCAUAUCGACUGCUCACUGCAGCAUCGUUUACAUCGUCCAGUACCAGAAACCAGGGAAUGGGACUCAGAAUUUUUCCAUUUGCUAUGAGGGCUUCACAAAAGAGCAACUUGAUCUUCUUCUUCCAUUCCGCUUCGAAAUGUUCAUUGUCCUCUUCUGCAUCCCCUUACUGAUCACCUCCUUUUGCUACAUCAAUUUAAUCCGGAUCCUUACCUCCCUGCCGUACAUCAACCAUCAAAGGAAGCAGAGAGCCAUCGGGUUAGCUCUGGGAACGCUGCUGGUCUUCAUCCUCUGCUUCUGCCCUUAUAACAUCUCCCAUGUGGUGGGGUUUGUGAAAGGUAAAAGUCCCACGUGGCGUGUGAUGACUCUGCUUCUCAGCACCUUCAACACCUGCUUGGAUCCCAUCAUCUUUUAUUUUUCCUCAUCUGAAGUUCAGAACAGUGUCAGAAACUGCGUAUCAGGUGUCCUAGGAAGGAUACAAGCUAUUCGUUUUUGUAAAAGACUGUCCAGCGGCGUACACAGUUAACGAGCAGACAGAGAACAGCUCUAUUAAUUUGUGAUGAGCCACUCUGCCAUUUGCUGUACCAUGCAAGCCUUAUUUUUGGAGCUUUCUCUGUCUAUAACUCUUGCUAUUUUUGUCAAUAAAUGCAUUUAUAAACAUCUAUUGAACGUGCUUCUUCAGUGGAAUUAUUGCUGUAUUCCAUACCGAUUUCUUUGCAGCUCAAGUUGCUCAACAAAAGGUAUACAAAAGAACUGAGACUUCUUGGGAUAUACUUGAUAAAACUACUGUAUAGCUCACUCAAGAUUUAUUUUUCAUCCAAACCACGUUGCUCAGAUUAGUGCUCAAAGUCAUUUUUGGUGCAUGUUUUCUGUGGCCUUUUAAAUAAGAUCUGUGUGUAGACUUUCAUGUCAAUUUGAACACUGAACAUUUGACAUUAUAGAAGUUGUCAUUUUGAUUAAAUUAUCUUUUUGACAUACGUUCCACACUGUACAAAAAGAAACCAGAAUUUUACAGUAAGCUAAGAUACUGCAAUAUUUAUAUCUGUGCGAGAAACAGGUGAGUACUCGUGCUGAAAAUUCAGAUUUUUUUUUUUUUUUUUUUUUUUCUUGACUUGUUUUGAUCCAAAAGGACACUUAUAGAAAGGAUGUGGCAGAAAUGUUUGUCAUAAAAGGACAGAUAUGAAGCUUAAUGGCCUUUCUUAGUUUAAAGCUACUUUUAUUUGGUUAAAAACAUGGCUUUAGGCCUGUGAUGUUUUCUUUGGAUAUUUUCUAAUUGAUUUUACAGUGGUAUGUUGUACUAUAUUUUACAGUAUUGUAAACCUUUAAGAUUGGACGCUUUUAAAAUGUUUAACUUAAUUUUUUUGUAUCUGUUUCACCCUAGAAUUUGUAAAUAUUUCACAUACCCUUAUAGCUGCUUCUAAAAAAAAUACCACAAAUAUUUAUAUUAUCUGUACAAUUGUUUAACACAGAAGAAGCUACUUUUAUUGCAUUUUUUUGCUUGUAUUGUGGUUUGAGCAUAGUCUAAAUGUAACAUCAGGGGUUAAUUGUGUAAUGCAGCGCAUUUGAAAUGCUUGCCUACACAGACGCUUUGGAAAAUAAAAAUAUGUUUUGCUAGAUGGCUGAUUAAUGGUUUCCCAAUGAGUUACCUCAUGUUUAAUUCAAUACGACAGAAUUUAUUAUACUGUGUGUGCGAUAAGUAAGUGAGCUGCUCAGAGCAUUGAAAGAAUGCACUUAACAGCACCCUGAGUUCCACUCCCCCCUGAGCAGCUCAGAGUUGCAGAGCAAAUUUCAUCCCUGAUCCGAGUGAGCAGAAAAAAUUCUCUCUCUGGGAUGCUCAGUUACUUAACGCACCCCAUAUCAAAAAUAGUCCUCCUUUUCCUUUCAGUGGGCUUUGUGAUGUCAUAGCCGUAGUGAUACCACAUUGCCCACCAGUUCAUUUUAAACCUAUUUGUGUUUUUUUCAAUUUUAUAUGACUUCAUAGACACUGUGCAAUCUUUAAGUGGCUCUUCAGGGUGUCUGGCAUUUAAGGGAUAGUGGUACUGCUUUGGUAGUAAUAAUGCAACAGUAAAGCAAGGAACAAGACAACAAAGCCAUUAUCACUAUUACUCAUUGCAGUCCACUGAAAAAGGGGUUCGGUGUCCCUAUGAAGCGUUUCAUCAGUAAGCAGUAGUUUUAGAGCAGGUGUGUUACUGAGUAAUAACAGAACAGCUGACCUCCAUGGAAAACAAAGCAUUGUCCAGUUGUUGCAUGGCCAAAAGUUUUGAGUCACCCUAUAGAAUAAACUAAUUUUGCUUCAUAAAGUCGAACGAAACCUGUUGAAUAAUAUUACGUCAACAUGUGGAAUUGCAUACUGCUUCCUAU